UGUGUGUGAGUGUGCGUGUCUAUAUAGAUAUAAGAUGUAUUAGAUGUACAGUUAUCUUUUAUAACUUCACACACGGUAAGUAUUAGAAAUAAUUGACACCGUAAAAAACAUUGCCAAUUAUCUCACGCCUAAAAACCGUUCCGUCGGAGUGUCAGCUUCUAAAGCGAGUUGGGUGAUGGCAAGCAACUCUGAAGUGGACGACUCUGAAGUUUAGCGAAGUAAUUAAAGAGGAAAAGUUUAUAGAAGAGGGGAAAUUGAAGUUUGAUGUCAGAGUGUAAAUCUAUGAGGAACGUAUAUAGCAAUGACACCGAUUUCUUUUGUUGUUAAAGCUGGUAAAAUAUUUUUCAUAUCUUGUAAGUAAUUCUGCAACAAAGCUUGCUGACACCUUUCCCAUGAGGGACCCAGAAGCCGUAUUUCACAGCCUCGACUCCCGUCACACGAAAUACAGUGCUGACCAGCUGUGAGUUUGAUGGUCAUUGGACACCAAUGUGACCAUCACCACCAAGUGGUAACCAUGUUGUCGACAAACUGAAGAUUGUCUGCCCAAGCUUUGUUUUGUCCUUCAGAUUUUGUUUUUAUUACCCAAGGUUUUUGUUAAAGUACAUGCAGAGCUUUAAUAAGGACCAGAUGACCAAAGUGUGAAUGGUCAGUGCUACCUGGUCAUCAUAUUGACUUAUUGAUUAUUGGUCAUCAUCAGCAACAGUCACCUAACUAUGAGCAUAUGUUGCUAAUUACAGAUGAAUUAAACCACAACAACAAAGGAUUAAUGAUAUUCACUUGUUAACGAACUUACAGACAUCCUAAAAUAACAACAAACACUGAUGAUAAUAAUUCAUGGACAGGAAUGAAACGUUAGUCUGCACUGCCACUUGAAACCUUUGUCUGGCUGUCAGGAGUCUCACAUCUUACCUACUCAGCCACUGUGCCUUUCAAUAACAGCUGCAGUGACCAUGGCAACCACUGAUGGAUAUUUGGUGACUAUGGUGACCAACUAAUUACAGCUGACUUCAAGUAUCCUGGAACAUGUAAUCUAUGGACAUUGGCCUUUGUUUCAAGCUGAUCGUAUUCCGACAUCCCUGAAUGUAGCCGUUGGACCUUGGAAGAUUCCUGUUUGUAUGUCGCUGUACAGACUUAACUCAUCAAUCUUAUGUCAGACAUAAAUCUUUGUGGAGAGAUUUUUGAACAUCAACAGUUUUCUCAACAGACAAAUCUAAUUAUGUUUUAAUUCAUACCAAUUUCAUUUCAAUCCAGAUUAAACUUUACUAUAAUCCAUAGAUACAUUAGAAACUCUUUAAUCUCAAUCCAUAGCAACUUUAAUCUGAAUUGGGAUCAAUCUUGUUUUAAUCCAUACCAUCUUUCAUUUUUAUCCCAGGAAAAACAGCAGAAUGGAUCGUUCUGCAGGAAUGAAGAAUAUUCACGAUACCGUUUGUGGUUUGCAAUUUCCACAGGGACACAAUCUUCAAGGGAGCCAAAGAGUGGCACCAAUGAGUGAAUGCUUAAUGUUUCAUGGCGCUAUUUCCGGUAAACAUUUCCCACAAGAGCACAGCAUGCAGUCUCAGAGAGUUCCUUACAUCACGACAGACACCGUCUUCCCGACGAACAUCUACUCAGGCAAACAGAUGUUUACCAGUCAACCGUGCUAUCUGCCAGCGACUGCUUUGACCAGUAUUGACAGAUCGGAAGAUGACCGUUCGGUCCAUAACACAGGGACGGGCAGUGGCGGUGGGGGUGGUGAUCACAAUCAGUCUACGACAUCGGCAUCUCCGCCUCUGCCUUCUUCAAAGCACCAUCAGCAGCAGCAGCAGCCACAGCAGCAAGUGCAACAGCAGCAGCAACAUCAUCAUCAUCAUCAACAACAACAUCAUCAUCAUCAUAGCCAACAGCAACAGCAAAACCAGUUGCACAAAUCAGCUGCUAGCAACUCUGAUAAAUCUGGUUCAUCGUAUCAAAGUUGUUGUUCCAACGCCAACUGUUGUCAGCCGAGGAAGAGUUCGCAACAGAUGCAGCCCCAGACUGUGUGCAAGACCCCUUCUACACUGAAUCACCAGACACAUCAACAUCAGCAACAACAACAACAACAGCCACAGCAACAACAACUUCAUAACCAGCCACGACAACAACAACAACAGCAGCAGCAACAACCACAACAAUCGCAACAACCACAACAAUCACAACAACAACAACAGGCUGUUAAACCUCGUCAAAAACAACUUUUCUGUGACUUUUGUGGGAAAGAGUUUGCACAGGAAUAUCUUAUGCAAAUGCACCGAAGGACCCAUACUGGCGAAAGACCGUUCCAGUGUGAGAUAUGUUUGAAGCAGUUUGCACGUCGAGACACUUUGAGGAUUCAUUUGAGGACCCACACAGGGGAGAAGCCGUUCCAGUGUGACGUCUGCUUCAAACAGUUUGCCCAGAAGGAAUACCUGGUGGUCCACAAGAGGUCCCACACGGGAGAGAAACCUUUCCAGUGUGACUUCUGCAUUCAGAAAUUUGCUCGCCGUGACACAUUACAAAUUCACCGUCGAAUGCACACGGGGGAGAAGCCGUUUCAGUGCACGUAUUGCACGAAACAGUUUACGCAGCAGAGUAAACUGCAGGUUCAUAAACGAACCCACGUUCGUCGGAAACGAUUCCAUUGCGACAUCUGCUUGAAAUUGUUUGCCCGGAAGAGUUACCUAGCAACACACAAACGCUGCCACACAGGAGAGAAACCUUUCGGCUGCGACAUUUGCUUGAAGCAUUUUUCUCAAAGAGAUUAUCUGCAGAUCCAUCGUCGCAUCCACACUGGCGAUCGGCCGUAUAAAUGUGAGGUGUGCUUUAAGCAGUUUGUUCGUCAAGACACUCUCAAGAUUCACCAUCGUACUCACACUCGGGAGAAGCCAUACGGCUGUGAUAUCUGCUUAAAAAACUUCGCCCACCGGCAUUACCUGGCCAUCCACCGCCGGUCCCACACAGGCGAGCGCCCGUACCAAUGUGAGUUCUGUCUGCUCCAGUUUGCUCGACGAGAUAAGCUCCUUGUACACCGCAGGUCUCAUACAGGGGAGAAACCUUUCCAGUGUAACAACUGUGACCUGAAGUUUGCCAGUCCUGAUGAGCUGAGACAUCACAAGAAGUCUCAUGGUCCUACGACCGUCUCCAUGGAUUCAGGCAGCUUUAACAGUGCUAACGUCAACCACCAACACCAUCAUCAUCAUCAUCACAUUCAUCAACAACCACCACAGCAGCAGCAGCAGCAGCAGCAACAACAUAUUUCUUAAAUAUCGACCCUGGCAACGAUGCCAGCCUUUCCAACAUCAUCUCUAUCAAUUAUUUCUCUUCUCAUUUGCAAUAUGCUAAUUUAUUCUUCCCAUGAUGUCUCUCUCUUCUCCAAUGUAACCAGCUACACAUCUUAUACCAACUCUCCCAUUCUCAAAUACAUACACACACACACUCAACUCCAUCUAUUACUCUUUAAUAUGUACCCACAUCCCAUCUAUCAUGGCAAUCUCUCUCUCAAGCAUUUACGUUCUCAAAUAGAGGACACACGAUCACUCCCAUCUUAGUAAAUUCACUGUGGGCCCCUAAUUAAACUUUACACUCUACAAUAUGUUUAUUGUGACCCUUAUGUGGAGGCGCAAUGGCCCAGUGGUUAGAGCAGCGGACUCGUGGUUUCGAUUCCCAGACCGGGCGUUGUGAGUGUUUAUUGAGCGAAAACACCUAAAGCUCCACGAGGCUCCGGCAGGGGAU